AUGGGUGGACAACUUACAAAAGAACAAGCUCGCUUGCCUUUCGGCUAUGUUUCUGUAAAAUCGGACCGUCGGCACAGAAUAUCAGGCCUCAACCAGUCAACGAUACGAACCAAUGUACAUUCUUCACCUGACAACUCGGACUCGCUUUUUAAUGAACUUUUUGAACUCAAUACCCAUCUGCAGAGUGUUUCAAAUAGCCUCACUUUAGCGACGUCAACCGGUGAGACAUCUUCGAUAAACACUGCGGUCACUGAUGGUAUUUCCCCGGAGACCGCUAUGGAAAUAGAUAACAAACCAGAAGAUGAGACACCGUGGAACUAUCCGCAUGAUCAUGAUGACAACGGUUCUUGUUGUCAAGGAAUGAUUGGAAUACCAGAAGAGUUUAAUCCAAAUAGCAAUCUGAAUAAAAUAAUGUUUAGCGAGUUGCCAAGUUUAAAAAACAUUGGGCUUUGUCAGUAUGGUCUGGUUAAACUAAGUCCCAAUAUAUGUUUCCUGUUUGUUACGACGUGCCUACAAAUAUGUUGUAAUGAAUUGACUGAAAUACCGGCAGAAAUUGGUUACAUGAAAAAUCUGCAAACGCUCGAUGUCUCCAAGAAUCGGUUAGAAUGCAUUCCAGACACCAUCGGAUUUCUGCAUAAGCUCAGUGAAUUGAAAUUAUCGGAAAAUCAACUGACGUCGAUACCAUCGUCCAUUGGUUCUCUCAAGAAAUUGAGUAUACUAUUUCUUGACAAUAAUAAAAUUACCGAACUACCGCCCGAAAUUGGUCAAAUUAAAACACUUGUAAAUUUGGAUGUUCGUGAAAAUCCCAUCACUGUUUUACCGGCCGAACUAGGAAGACUCCAAUAUCUUAGAAAACUACGGACUGACGGAUGCCCACUCACAACCGAAUUCGUGCAUCAACUUACACACUCACCGCCUACCCUCAUGGAACUUGCCGCUCGCACAAUUGUCAGACUUCAGGUUCCAAUAUUGGAAGACACAACGGAUCACAUUAAGGAUUAUCUCGCCAGUGCCAAAAAGUGUAGCUUUUGCGGCGGUCCAUACUUUGAAAACUAUGUGAAGCGAGGAAAAAUCAUUGACAAGAACGAUCAUCACAUCCCUCUUGAAUAUCGCCUGUGUUGUCCACAUUGGAAUACCGAGCAAGAACGUGUUAGCUUACUGUUCUGUGCCUUACCAGAUACCGCACCCAGCCCUGAGCCAUACAAACAUCAACGUCAUCAAGUCGCCAAUGAAAAACCAUAUGAUGGAAAUGCAUCAGUUGUUAGUGUUUCUUCUAGCACGCACGAAAAGGUUCAAAGACGACCAUCGACACGACGAUCUAUGACCAUUCCUCUUAGUUCCCUUACCAGAUCACCAUCGUUACCAAGUUUGCCUAGAUCUGCGUCCCCGCGACCUACGACUGAUCUACAAGAUGACGUGGAAAUAAAAAAGACCAAUACACGCGGACGCACCACAGGGGUUACCUCCCUAUGGCGAUCUAGGAAGAGUAAUUUGGCGUCCGCUGUCUUAGGGAAACCAGCACGUAAUAAUUCGGCUUCACGCUUGAGCUCUCGGUGGCGUAUAUAA